AUGAGAAUGAUUGGUGUUUGUGAGGAGGAUGCUAAGGAUCUUAGUAAGUGGAAAUUGAGGACUAGGGUUGAGGGUUGCCGACCCCAAAUAGUUGGAAGAGAAGGCGAAGUAAAAGAAGAAAAAUAUUUUAUUUAUGAGACACUCAAAAAAGAAAUGGAGAAAAUGAGAAUAGAAAUGAUUGAAAAUGCUAAAAUUAGAGAUAAAGAACGUUCUUCUAAUGUAAAACGUUAUAGAAAAGAAGACAAAAAAGAGGAAGAAAAACAAAAACCAUAUAAUAAAGAGUUUUUAAUUAAACAAUUUGCACAUGCUGCUUCACAAGUCAGUGUUGAAAGAAGUAUCAAGUCAAAUGUCAAUAAACUGCAAAAAAAUAGUAAUAAUAUUGCUGAUUAAUCUUAAAUAUUUGAAUGUAAAAUAUCAAUCUUGCUUUUUAAGCYGAUAAUUUAGAUCAUUAUACAUUUAAUAAUAUUUGUAUUUUCAUGCAAUACUUAAGUUAAUCUGUUUUUAAUUAUUCAUUACAUUUAUAUGCUCUCAUUGAUGUGCAUUAAGAUUAAUUUGAUUWAUUUACCUCACAUUCACCUCAUGUGAAUUAAAAAUUAAUUUAUAUGAUCUAAUUCCAUAUGUUAAAACAAUUUCAGCACUAUUUGUUUUCUCUCUAAUCACCAUGUACAACCUAGCAAAUUUGUAUACAGCAGAACCAAUUUUGUGGGGUUAGCUUUAAUAUAGGAUUGAAUUUAUCUGUUACCAAAUUUAAAGCCAAGAAUAUGUUAGCAUGUUGAAUAUUCACAUUGUCACAUUGAUUUUUAAAUUUUCUGCAAUAUGUGAGAAAUUUUAAAUUGAAAUAUUGUGGAAAAAACCUAAGCAAAAAUUCAGGUAAUAUUCCUUACUUGAAGGUUGAUAAUAUUUAAAUUUAUUUUAUAGACAUAAAAUUCUAUAGUUAUAUAAGUUAUAAUAUAUCUAUGAUUCACUUUAAUUUUAAAGCUUAAUAGCAUAAAAUUGAUUUUACUGAAUGCAAAUUUAGUAUGUGGUACAUGGUUUGGACAGAGAAAACAAGUAGUACAUUAAUUAUUGCGUUUUAAUUUAACAGGAUAAUUGUUUUUGUAUAAUUUAAAUAUUAUAACCUAUAAAAUAUAUGUAUGACAUUUAAAUAAUAAUUAUUGUUUUGUCCAGUAUACUUUUAAGUAAUUAUCACACUUUGUUUCUUUUAAYAUUAAAAAAAAUCUCAAUAAGUAAAAAAAAAUGUAUGAUAUAAUUUUUAAAACAUUGAUAAU